CUGGAGAAGCAACAGAUGAAAUAUUUUUUUGCUUAACCUCGGACAAGUAGGCUAAACAAAAUACAUUAUGGCAGACUGGACAGCUGCAGAGAAGAGCACCAUUGCUGGUGUCUGGGGCAAAGUCAAUGUCAACGAAAUAGGACCGCAGGCCCUUGGCAGGGUGCUGAUUGUGUAUCCCUGGACUCAGAGGUACUUUGGGUCUUUUGGAGACUUAUCCAACGCCGCAGCAAUCCUGGGUAACGGCAAAGUGGCAGCCCAUGGUAAGGUCGUGCUGAACGCUCUGGACAAAGGUGUGAAGAACAUGGAUAAUGUGAAAGGCACCUACGCCGCCCUCAGCAAGCUUCACUGCGUGUCACUGAAAGUGGACCCUGAUAACUUUAGGCUGUUGGCGGACUGUCUCACCAUCGUCAUUGCCACAAAGUUCGGCGCUGCCUUCACACCUGAAAUUCAAGCCACCUGGCAGAAAUUUUUGUCAGUUGUCGUUGUUGCCCUUGGAAGUCAGUACUUCUAAAUGAAGCAGAGAAGUGUGUGCAUCUCUCUGAACAAACCAAAGAGAAUCCAGCUUGAAUAAAUAAAAAAUAAAUUGAAAAAA